GAGCGAGACCGCUGAAAACUAAGCCCUAAGAUUCUCAAACAGCCGUCGCUCUCAUCACCCUCCGAUUCGGCAUCCCACCAUUGACACGAAUCUCAGAUCUUAUUUGGGAAUGGAGUUUUCCUCACAAGACGACGACUUUGGCGGAGAUUUCUCCGCUUCUAACGCGUCCAGAGCUGCUUCAGGCAGCAAAAGAAGUUUCGGUGAUCUCGAAGACGAUGAAGAUGAUGAUAUCUUCGGAUCCAAAAAGGGUCGUACGAAAGCGGAGGAAGCUGCCCCUGGUGUUGCAACUGCGAUGAUCCUGUCACUCCGAGAGAGUCUUCAGAACUGUAAAGAUGAUCUUGCUUCAUCUCAGAAUGAGCUUGAAUCAGCAAAAGCAGAGAUCCUCAAAUGGAAAUCAGCGUUUCAGAACGAGUCUUUCAUACCAGCUGGAAAAUCUCCUGAGCCUAGAUUUUUGAUUGACUACAUCCAAAUUCUAAAAUCUUCUGAGAGAUCUUUGAAAGAACAGUUGGAAAUUGCAAAGAGAAAAGAAGCUUCGUACAUUGUACAAUAUGCGAAACGGGAACAGGAAAUGGCAGAGUUGAAGUCUGCUGUUCGCGAUUUGAAAUCUCAGCUCAAGCCGGCAUCAAUGCAGGCGAGGAGGCUGUUACUGGAUCCAGCAAUUCAUGAAGAAUUUUCACGUUUGAAGAAUCUAGUUGAGGAAAAAGACAAGAAGGUCAAGGAACUCCAGGAUAGUCUUACAGCAUUUACAUUUACCCCUCUGAGCUUAAAGGGCAAGAUGCUUAUGGAAAAGUGCAAAACCCUGCAAGAGGAAAACGAGGAGAUUGGUCACCAAGCUGCCGAAGGAAAGAUUCAUGAACUAGCAAUGAAGCUAUCAAUGCAGAAGUCUCAGAACGCAGAACUUAGAAAGCAAUUUGAAGGACUGUACAAACAUAUGGAAGAACUAACUAACGAUGUUGAGAGAUCAAACGAAACGGUGAUAAUAUUGCAAGACAAAUUGGAAGAGAAAGACAAGGAGCUAGAGAGAGUAAAGAAAGGGAUGGAGGUUGUUGUGUCUGAUGUUACUGAAAAGAAAGAUGAUUGUGAAGAUAAAGAUCCAAAAUACUCGGCUCUCCAAAAGACGUUCAAUUCUAUACAAUUUGAAAGAUAAUUUGCAUUUGCAUUCAUUCACGCUCUUAUAUUGUUCAAAGAGUUUUCUGAUAAAUGCAUGAAAACAUUAGUUUCCAUUAGUAGGCUUUUGUACCCUUUAUUUUUUCGACUUUUCAUUGAUAGCCCCAAGGCAAAUAAGAUGCACACAAUCAAGCAGCGAGGAAUUGCUUUA